AUGCCCGAGGCACGCUACGACUUUGACGCCGACUCGCUUCUCCACGAGGAUGACUGCAACAUCUUCGACGCGUAUGAAAAUGUUGUGGAAAGCGCACUGGACAUGAGAAGGAAGUUUGUCAUGAUCGUGGACCAGGCACGACAAUUGAAGAGAGAGCUGCUGGCCAAACAAGCCGAAAUCGACCGUCUCAACACUCGCGAUCGGCAGGAACUUUCACAAUACCAGCACUCUAACAAGGACCUGCAAAAGAUAAUCCAGGCGCAGAGUAAGAGACUACAGCAGAACAGGGAAACGAUCAAGAUGUUGCAUCGCCGCAUUACACAGUCGACAAAAGAUCUCGAAGCCGAGCAAAUGAAAUUGGACCAGGUCGAUUUCUUACGUUGUGAAAUUUGUAAAGAGAAUAUCAUGAACGUCUUCACUGGAUGUGGUCACGGUUUUUGCAAGGGUUGUCUGGACGACUGGUUGCACCGGCCUGCAGCUUCAUACUCUGCCCGAGACGAGAAAAGCUGCCCAAAGUGCCGACGACUCGUGAGAGAGAGCGAAAUUCGGGACGUCUACCUCGGGUCUGGCACAACGACACCCAGUGCUCGCGAUGGUGACGGAAUCACAGAAGUCCUCUCGAGCGAUAGCGAUGAGUGA